AUGACGACCAUACGGCAGCGUGCAACGCGCGUAAGACAAAUCUUCUCCAGUCCUCGGACUAUUGUCGAAGCGAUUCGGAUCGAAAAAGAGGAGAGUGAUGAGGAUGCCGGGCUGUUCACAAGCUGGUCCAACAAGGACUUAGAUCCUUCUCCCCCGUGGCAACGAACCUGGACUCCGUGGUCCUUUUUUGCAUUCCAAUUCAGCAUUGCGUUCUCUCCGACUACAUACAAUGUUGGGGCCAGUCUCUUUGCUGUUGGUUUGAGCUGGUGGAUUAUCCUGAUUUCGUCCUUCAUCGUCUCAUUCAUGGUCGCCGCAAUGCUUUGGUUGAAUGCUAGAGGUGCCUCCCGGUACCAUGUGGGGUAUCCAGUUUUUGUUCGCAUGUCAGCUGGUAUCUAUGGCUCUCUCAUCUUUGUUUUCGUCCGAGGGGUAGUUGCGGUCCUCUAUAUGAGCAUACAGACGCUAUACGCCAGCUAUUUUGUGAAUGUGAUGCUACGCUGCAUAUUUGGCUACAAGUGGACCCAAAUUCCCAACCAUCUUCCGCCGGCAGCAGGCAUCACCUCUGCUGAAUUAACAUCCUUUCUUAUUCUCUGGCUGCUUCAGUUCCCAUUUGCUUUCGUGCACCCGAGUAAGAUGACAAUGGUAUUCAAAGCAAAGUCCGUUCUUGCACCAAUUGGUUUGAUCGGGACUAUGAUUUGGGCAUUGGUCACUAGUCAUGGUACAGAUUUCAACGGCCUCGGUAAAGCAGAUGCCUCUGGUGCUGCUUUGGGAUGGUCAUUCAUCUUGUCCAUCAACACGAUCAUCUCAAAUGUAAUUCCUCCGUUGGUCAAUAUUCCCGAUCUGGCAAGAUAUGCAAAGCGCCCCCGAGACACCUUGCCUUUGCCUAUUGGGAUUAUUUUGAGUAAACCGGUUGUGGUGCUCUUUGGCAUGAUUAUUACAAGUGCUGGUUAUAAGCAGUUUGGCGAGGCAUAUUGGAACAUGUGGGACUUCUAUUCAGGUGUCCUGGACAAAUACUGGGGUCCAGGUACCAGAACAGUUGUGUUUUUGGCUGCAGGCAUUCAGGCAUUCGCGACUUUCGUCACCAACAUCACCAGUAACUCUAUCCCUGUCGGAUGCGAUCUGGCCGGCUUAUUCCCGCGCUACUUUACAAUUAUUCGUGGCCAGAUAGUCUGUUUCCUGCUCGCCUGGGCGUGUGCUCCAUGGAAACUGACUUAUUCCGCUUCGUCGUUCCUGACGUUCCUCGGGUCCUAUCUGUGCUUUAUCUGCCCCAUCGUAUCCGUCAUGAUUGUCGAUUACUGGAUUUGUCGCCGGGGCAAUAUCCACGUCCCUUCCCUCUACAACCCAAACCCCGGCGCUCCGUAUUUCUACACCCACGGUUUCAACAUACGUGCAUUCGUUGCUUGGGCCGCGGGCAUAACGCUAGUCAUUCCGGGAGUCUCGGGCGCUCUCAAACCUGGAUCUAUCGGAAUCGCGGCUGUACAUAUCUACGACAUGGGAUUCUUGCUCUCAACGACUUUCUCAGGACUUCUGUAUUAUAUAUGCUGCAAGAUUUGGCCGCUGCAGGUAUAUCCCUUGGAGGUUGGGCCAAAGGAUGAUAGCUGGGAAGUGAUGAAGUAUAUGGAGGGCUUCUUUCCGGAGGAUGAGAUAGUGCCGGAGUAUCUGCAAGGAACGGUGGUUGAGGGGCGGAGUAUGAAGCCUAAGAAUGACUCUGAAGCAGGAGAGUUUGGCCUAGAGAAGUGA